UCCCAGAGUUAAACUCUCCCAGAAUUCUGAGAAUUCCGCUGGAACUUUACAGGCUGCCCACAGUGUUGCUAGCCUCAUCAUGACAUCACAACCCAUGACCCAUGAGAAUAUUGUGAUCAUCACACCAAAUGGCAUCAAUUUCCCCCAAACAGAGAAACCCGUGUCGACCAACCAGAAGCAGGACAAUCUGUGGAAAUAUCUAAAGUCAAAUAUCAGAUGUAUUGGGAGUAUCCAAAUCAUGUGUGGAGUGAUCGUGCUGAGUUUGGGGAUCAUUUUGGUGCAUGCUCUCUCCUCUUCAGAUUUUUCUGAAACAUUUUCCUCCCUGUGGAAGACUGCACACCCUUUCAUUGGAAGCUUGUGUCUUAUCAUCUCUGGACUACUGUCCAUCAUCACAGAGCGAAAAACAACUAAGAUUUUGGUUCAAUGCAGCCUGGCUACAAAUAUUAUGAGCUCUUUAUCUGCUCUAGUGAGUUUCAUUAUCCUCUCCAUCAACCUGGCUGCUUUGGGUCCUGUUACAUCGAAAUGCCUGAAUGAAACGAGUAAACCAGAAGAGAUCCAUCAUUACCACCAUGAAGAGACUGAUUACUGCACAAAGAGCAAAACUAUUCUGGAUGGAACUCUGUCUGUGAUGCUGAUUUGUAUUGUGCUGGAGUUCUACCUGGCUGCUCUCACUGCUAUGGUGUGGUGGAAACACGCUCAGUCUGUCUUUCCUGGGAGUGUGCAUUUCAUGCCUAAGGUUCCCAAGGAUACAUUUUCACCAAAGGCAAGAUCUUCAUCUACAUAUCAAGAACUCUUAAAUUAAGAAAUCAAGAAAAUUUACCCAGAAAUCUGGUCUUGCUACGAAAACC